UUGAGAUACCGGAAUGACGAAGACCUUUACCGCAUCUUUGCUCCAUGCGCUUUCUUUCGUCUAUGUUUAAUUCGCGGUUUCAGAAUAUAAAUAACUCGGUGUUUGGUCGUGGAAAUGUAUAGAACGAAAAAGGAUAUUGAUGCCCACGUGGAGAGUUUAAUAUCAAAAUUAUCAUUGAAAGAGUUCACUUCUCGGGGCUAUUCAAUUGGGCGGCUGUAUUUUGAAGUGGGGGAUUAUGCUAACUGCUGCAGAUAUGUGGAACAAUAUCUACAUGUACACAGCUCGAACGCAGCAGCACAUGCCCUCCUCGGACAAGCAUUGCAGAAGUUAGGAAAGACGAAAAAGGCAUUGGAGGAGUUUAAAACAUCAUAUGAACUAUGCCCUACGCAGAACAGUUUAGUCUUGAACAUUUGUGAAAUUUUGGCUGAUGAUAAAGAAAGCACUGAUCCUGGUCGCGCUAAAUACUGGUGUGAAAAAGCAGAAAAAAUGUUUCCCAAACAUCCUGUUACCUUUCAACUACGUGAAAAGUUAUUGUCUAUGGCCAAUCCAGACCCACAGGCACUGGUUGAUCUGCUGUUAGAAGAAUUGGCUGUAAGGCCCAAGGACGUUCUGCUACACAUUCGUCUACUGAAAUUUUAUUUGAAAAAUAAUAAUAUUGAAGAAGCAUUUACCCAUAGUUGCAAUGUAGAGUUUGGAGAGAACAACUUCAAUAAUAACUUUGAUUGGUAUGAGACAGUUGCACAGAUUCUAAAAUGUAAUCCCCGGAACAACAAUGAUUGGCUCUUUCAGGUGCUUUUAUUGACAGUCACUGAACGAAUGUGUGUUUUGAGUAUAACCCAGACCUUAGGCCACAAAGACAGAAGUAUUUUUGAGUCUACAGAGCUACUUCAUAUUUACGAUCAAGCUAUAGAGAGAGUUGCUAAAGCUGGGAGUAAUCCUGGUCAUGGCGAAUUUCAUGCUGGUCUUCUAAAACAUCACCGUAGCCAAUUUGCCUUCAUAGCAGCAACAUUAUUGCUCAAGCGUGGAGCGACACACAGCUGGCGAGAUGCGGCUAGAGAUGCUGAGCCUUUGAUGUUAAUGGCCUGGCAUUCCUCAGUUGCAGAUGUCUCAGCUAGCUGGGUUACUUCUGCUCCAGAAAUGCAACAGAAAGCUGUACGGCGCUGGUAUUCUGAAGGGUCAUACAGGUGUUCACAAUCUGGACAUUAUCUGCUAUCUAAUUUCAAUGAUAAAAGUCAAUCUUUCUUAGAUCGCAUUUCACAAAAUUGCUCUGGCAUACAUUGGAGAGAUAAGUUAUACGGAAAGAUAUUCUCGAGCAGAUAUCAUUUAGAAAAAAUAAAUACUUCACAUUUGGUCUCAACAUCUUUUGACGCGCCUGCCCUGAUUUUACCUAAACGAAGUGAAGUCGAAGUCCAUGAUGAAGAAGCUCAGAGAGCAUAUGGAAAUUCUCUUCAUCAUUUUGUGUGGCUUUUGUCUAAAUACAAAGAAUUUUCACAGUUUAAAUUAACAAUUUUUGACAUGCUUCCCCUGGCAGUUCAAAAUGACGCAAAUUGUGGCCCAGAAAGUUUAUGUCAAAUGGAUGUCUAUGCAUUUCUUUACUGUGCAGCCUUGACGUCUCGCCAACAGCGAGAUUCUGGCGUUCCAUCAGAUAAGCCAAAAACGCUACCUGCUAAUAUUACAGAUUUACUGUGUCCUUUGUCUCAAAUGAAGUGGUGGGACUGUGCUUAUAAGUUUAGUCAAAAUGAAUUGGGGGCAGAAAUGACCGAUAUUCGCGUGACUCUCAGUCGCGGCAUAGAAAUUGUAAGAUGUGUCGACAAUCACGGGAUAGAGCCAGAACUUCUGUGUGAUCUAGGUCGCAUAUUCAGUAACCGAGCUAAACUUAUAACAGAUAUUGAUGAUAAACACAGUUGGGAAUUGCGAGCAGUUCUUUACUAUACAUCAGCUAUAAAUCUAUUGGAGAAAAAGAGCACUGAUGCAGUUCCAAGAUCUGAAAACCGAAUGUUUGAAAAGCUGAGUCUGCUGCCAAAAGAUACUAACUCUUUACUUGAAGAAUGUAAAUUAUAUGUGGCACUCUAUGAGUUAAAUAACGACGAAUAUGAAAAGGCAAUCGAGUUAUUGUCACCAUUGAAAAGUGCACAGGGUCUGUAUCAUCUCAGUGUUGCUUAUAAAAAAAUGGCAUUGAACGAAAAUAAAUAUUCACAAAGCAAUGCUAACGAUGAGUCUAACUCAAAGUAUCAGUCAUUGUUAUCAAAGGCCCAAAAAUACGCUUACGAAGCCCAUUAUAAACUGAAAGAUCCAGAGAAUAAAUUAAACCAUAUGCUUCUCAUAGAAACUGAAGAAUUAAUAAAUGAAUUAGACCUCCAUCUAAAUGAAUGGUCCGCCGGAGCAGCUGAUAAACAUGUCAAGAAUUCUUCUGAUGAGUAUUUCUCUAUACAUGGCAACGAAGAUGUCCCUCUUAAAAGUCAAUCACACUUUUCGCGCAAUUUCAGCUCUACCCCAAAACGGUUAUCACACUUGAGUAUGGGACCUACAUCAAUUCCCAAUGUUCAUUGUGAUCAACAUUUUCUAGAACCAAAUGAUAAACUGAAAUCCAGUUUGCUAAAACGAGACACUGCAGCCAUCAAUGACCUUAUUGACCUCGCAAGGAGUGUUUUUGAAGAAAAUCGAAUUGUGGGAAAUCAAAUUAUAAGUACAAUAAAUUCAAAUAUGCAAAACACCAUCGAUCAAUUUACUUUGCUGAAAAUUUCUGUAGAUCAAGUGAAAGAUCAAAUUAAUGAGUGCAGAAAGGAGUGUAAAGAAGUUACUGAGUUGAAAAAACAAAUAACGGAGCUAAAGAAGGACAUAAGUAAAAUUAAGAAAGUUUCUGAACAGACUAUUAAUGAAAACGAAUUGUUUAACCUCGAUGAGGGAUACGCUACAAAUGAAACCGCGUCCACUUUUGCAGCACAGUUGCCCUUUACUGCUCAGCAAGUUAUGCCUCCAUUUAAUCAGCGCCUUAUACCGCCAUUCACUGUGCCACCAAAUCCCUUCCAACUUUAUGGUCAGAAUUUAUUCAAUUUAUAUUCGCAAUUUUCCCAACCGUCAUCAGUGCCUGGAGCACCCCCAAUAUUUGAUGCAGCCAGACCGCAAGUUAACUAUCCAGGCGUUUUCACAAACCCCGACCAAAUGUAUUUAGAUGUAGCGCAUCUAGCUCAACAGACAGCGGUACCAGUUAUUCCUGUACAGGCUUCAGUGACAGCCACAGUUGCAGCUUCCACUGUACCAGUACCUCAUUCAACGGCCCCAGUCACAUCAAUUAUGACGCAAAAUGUCAUACCCAAGGAUAGUCCACGUUCUUUACCAGCUAAUGUUGCAAUAACAUCAUCAGAACCAUUGCCGACGCCCACUACUACCCCAGCGCCAGUACUUAGUGUAACAGUUCCACCAAAGCACAUCAAAGGUAUUCCUCAUAAUUAUCAAAUACAAAUGCCUGCAACAGAACCUACUACAGCUUUUGGUUUUCCAUCACUUGGAAAUAAAACAAGUCCUAACAUGGAAUCUUCAAAUUGGACUCAAAACACGGUAUUCAAAGAUUCCACCCCAAACACCAACUCUCAUUCUACGACUUCUAUAUCGUUUUCGCCAAAACUUGGCAACACUAGCUUAAAUGAAGAAGUUUCGAUUGGUGCAGCCAAUGACAGCCAUAACAAAUCUAGAACAUUAUCUGAAAAAAGUAACACGUCGAUCGAUAAUUACGAUCCAUGUCCGGAUUUCAAGCCUAUCAUACCUCUACCAGCAGAAGUAAAAGUUACAACUGGAGAAGAAGAUGAAACUGUUAUUUUUUCGGCUAGGGCAAAACUAUAUCGGUUUAUCGACAAUCAGUGGAAAGAAAGAGGUCUUGGUGACAUGAAAUUACUUAAACAUAAAACCACUGGAAAAGUUCGAGUGCUCAUGAGGCGAGAACAAAUUCAUAAGAUUUGCGCUAAUCAUGCUAUAACAUCCUACAUGGAAAUCAAACCUAUGAAGAAUGAAACAAAAGCGUACUUUUGGGUAGCAAAUGAUUUUGCAGAUGAAACCCUUGUGCUAGAAAAGUUCUGUGUCAGAUUCAAAACAGCUGACAUAGCGCGACAAUUUUACGAAACCUUCGAAAAAGCUAGAUCAGAGGCUACUACGACAGAUGCAUUGAGUGCAGGAUCAGAAACCCCGGUAAACCUAACUUCAAGCAAAUCUGAUAAAACAGGUACAAAAACUGAUGGUGCUAAAACAAUAGAUUUUAAAUCAACUCCAGCCAAUAAUUCACAACCUGCUAAGACAGUAUUCGGUGGUUUCACUUUCAGUAGUACACCGGCGUUUAAAACAAUUGAAGAUACAAAGCCCUCUGGAAAAAAUGUAGAAAUAACGCCAUCAAACAAAGUUAAUGUGUUUAGUGGCUUGAAUUUCAAAACUGGACCUGCUUCUUCACCAUUUAGCAAUCUGUUCAGUACUUCCAGUGCGCAAACUAACAGUUCUAAUACAUCAGUGCAAAAUGUUGAGAUAACGGACAAAUUGAAUACUUCGGAUACAGUAGAAGAAUACGAGCCGACAGGCGAGUUCACACCUGUUGUGCCUUUGCCAGCAUUAGUAGACACGAAGACUGGCGAAGAAGAUGAAAUUGUUCUAUUUGAACACAGAGCCAAGUUGUUACGCUUCGUUGCUAAAGAAUGGAAGGAACGCGGUCUCGGUAAUAUAAAAAUCCUCGUAAAUAAGGACAACCCGCAAAAAUUGCGCCUUUUGAUGAGAAGAGAGCAAGUUAUGAAAGUUUGCUGCAACCAUGCUGUUACAAAAGCAAUGACAUUCCAGAAAAUGCCCAAUGUUGACAAAGCAGUCACAUGGUGUGCUCAAGACUUUUCCGAGGGUGAGCUCACACCUGAAACCUUUUGUCUACGUUUUAAAACAGUACAAGCUUGUAAUGAUUUUAUUGAUGUCGUAAAAACUGCUCAAUCGAAAUUAAGAGACGACUCCAAGGCAGCUAAAGAAGAACUUAAUGCGGCCAAACAAAAUUCCCAAAGUGGAACUACUAUUGUAAACAAACCAGCAAAUUCUAAUUGGGGCGAUAAAUUCAAACCCAAGCAAGGUUCUUGGGAAUGUAAGGAAUGUUUAGUUCGGAAUGAAGCCAAUGUCGAAAUCUGUCCCGCGUGUAACAGCCCGAAGAAUCCAGGCAGUGCUACAGCAAACACAAAAACCACAGAGAUCAAAGCACCUAACAACGAAGUUAAAUUUAAAUUUGGUAUUCCCCAACAAUCCAAUCCAGUUCAGGUCUCAGAACAAAAAGUGUCUAAUGCACAAGUUAAAUCAUCAUGGGGAGACAUGUUUAAACCUGCAGCUGGAACAUGGGAAUGCAAACAAUGUUUUGUUAGAAAUGAAGGUGGAAUAGAUACCUGCUGUGCAUGCAAUAGCCCGAAAGAUCCCAAUGCAGCAAGUAAGCCCAUCGCCGCCAGCACUACGUUUUCAACCCACAAAUUUAACUUUGGCAUUCCACCAACAAGCAAUAGCAAUGAACAGAAGGCAAAUACUACUUCUAUUUUCGACGGUACUGGUGCUCAUAAAUUCAAUUUUGGCAUCCCCGCAAACCUUCAAGUGAAAUCCACUGAUAAUUUACCUAAGAAUGACACAAGUUCUGUAAGUAAUGUUUUAACACUAGGGACGUUCAAAACUAGUGAUGCCGUCCAGACAUCAACAUUAACACCAAAAGAAAAACCAGCCUUAUUGCCAACCCCUCAAAAACCAAAUGAAACAGCAACUUUCGAUUUUGUGUUCAAGCCAAAAACUCAAAUUAAAGCUAAGAGCCCUGCUAAGUCACCUAAAAAAGGCAAUGGGGAAGAGAGCGACGGCAACGAGUAUGCCUCCGAAGAUGAAGGACACCACAUACAUAUUACUCCAAUCAUACCUUUGCCCGAUAAGGUGAAAGUUGUAACAGGUGAAGAAGAUGAAGAUGAGCUUUUUGCACACAGAGCGAAAUUGUUGAUAUUUGUUUCUGGUGAAUGGAAAGAAAGAGGACUUGGUAUAGUAAAAAUCUUAAAGCACAAACAUACAUCCAAAUUGAGGGUCGUUAUGAGGCGUGAGCAAGUCUUCAAGAUAUGUUUAAAUCAUGCGCUGACUCCAGAUAUAACUUACAACCUUAAAGACGAAAAAAAUUGGAUAUUCGCUGCUAAUGAUUUCAGCGAAGGAGAAUUAACUGUACAACGUUUUUGCUUGAAGUUCAAAACGAAAGAAAUUGCCAUGCAGUUUAAAGAUGCCGUGGACAAAGCAAGACACGAGAAUACUAAUGAAUCACAACAAAAUCAAAAUAUUUCUGUUAAAAAUGACAAUGAUGAUGUGGAAUUUAUUACUGAAACACAGUCCAACACGGAGGAAAAGAAAAAAGCACUGGAACUAAUGUUACCAGAGAAUUUCUUCUUAUAUAAAAAUAAGGACCCCUGUCGUGGUUGCCGUGGUUGUGACGACAGCAAAGAUUCGACACCCCAAACCUCAAAGAGUAACCUUAUCCUAAGUGCUUUUACUGCUCCGACAACGUUCUCUAGUCCCCUUAAGAUACCCACGGAAAAUAAUACUGUCUUUAGUCCAGAUAAAGUAAAUAAAACUAAAACUGCCAACUCUGUUGAACAGCCUGCUUUUUCACAAUCAGCCAAUUCUACAAAUGAAAUUAUUCAAAAACCGAAAUUCGUUUCUGCAGACAACUCCAGUUCAAUAUUCAGACCACCAAUGCUCAACUCUUCUAUUCUCCCUGGGUCGCAAACUAGCACUACUAGUGGAACGGAAUCAGAUCCUAAAUCAAUAUUUGCUACUGCAAACUCGAACUUGUCGUCAAACAAUUCAACAUUGUUUGGGUUUAAACCAAAUAAUAACAGCAAUAGUGAGGUGAAGUCUGUAUUCGGGGCAACCGGUAAUGUCAAACUAAAUGACAGCCAAAAGCCAGAUGGAAAAUCAAUAUUUGGGUUUUCGAGUGGUAUGACGAAUCAAAAACCUUUUAAUUUAUUUAAUCAAAAUGAUAGCAACAUAUUUGUCAGGACAAACGACGCGGUUAAAUCUGAUCAAACAUCAGCAUUCGCUUCGGUAGAUACACCAAAUUAUUUUGGAAAUGGCAAGAGUACUUGGAGCUUUGAUCCUAAAACUGACUCUAAAGCGUCAGAAGACUGUAAGAGUGAGCUUGUCAAACUAUUAAAUACACCAAAAGAAGACAAAAACAAACCUGAUCCUGCCCCGAAAAUCUUAGGCUCAGAUAGUUUAUUGUCUUUUGAUGCUUUUAAAAGCCAACCUGAACUAAAGUUCCAAAAAAACCCUGAUUUCAAAUGGGAAGGUGCUGGUCAGCAGUUGUUCGUACAGGCGCCGAAAACAAAGAGUUCCAGCGAUGCAGACAACGAGGUGGAGACCGGCAACGGCGCGGAGGAAGAGUACGACCCGCAUUACGAGCCCAUUGUCCCUCUGCCCGACAAAAUAACCGUGACCACGGGCGAGGAGGACGAGGAAAAGUUGUUUGGAAUGCGUUGUAAGCUGUUCAGAUACAAUGACGCUACUCGCGAAUGGAAGGAACGAGGCGUUGGAGAGCUAAAAAUAUUGUAUCACCCUGUGAAAAAGACUUACCGACUGCUUUUUAGACGUGAACAGGUACACAAGGCUGUGCUGAACAUGCUUAUCUUCAUGGACCUGGAGUUGCUGCCGAUGAGCAAGAGCGAUCGCGCGUGGACGUGGGCCGGGCGCAACUACGCGGAGAACCCCGCCGGGGACCAGGAGACGCUUGCGGUGCGGUUUAAGACUAUGGAUAUGGCCACUGAAUUCUUCGAUAAAGUCAAGGAAUGCGUACGGAAAUUACAAGCUGCAGCAGCGCAGGCCGUAAGAAAGGAAAAGGAGGUGGAAGAGAAGCCUAAAGGCAUGGCUUUAUUAAGGUUACCUAAACAUCUACAAGACAGCGCACGCGCUGAUAAUGCUUUAGCAAUGAAAACUGACCGUCAAACUGUCGAGGCCACUGAACAGCCUAAAACGGAGUCCGCUGAACGAGAAGUGACGAAACGUGUUCUCUUCCACGAUGUGGAGCCAGAUCAAGAGGCGAACGACGAAGAAGCGGAAGAUUACGAACACGAGCAAGAUUAUUACCAAGGCGAUGACUACGAUACCUACUAUAAUGAGGAUGAGGAAUCCGGCACGUACUUCACAUGUGACUGCGAGGCGGAGGUGGCGCAGGGCAGCGCGGUGACGGCGUGCGCGCAGGCGCACGUGCAGGUGCUGUUCGACCACGCCAUGUGCGCGCCCAAGAUCCAGCUCACCAACAUGGCCACGGGCGAGCUGCUGGCCGAUAUGCUCAUACAUGACGAGACUGACUUUCAGGUGUCGGACGCCACGUGCAGCUGGUCCGGCACCGACUACACCAGCAACGACCCGCUCGACACCACCGUCACGCUCGCCUUCCCCGACAGUGAGACAGCGAUGCAGUUCUACGAGAGUUGCGAGUCGAGCAAAGAACACAAUUCCGCUGAAGAUGCUGACACAGAAGCGUAAAAUAGAUUCUUGAUAAUUGUAACGUAAAACGAAUAGUAUUACUGUAUAGCCAAUUUGAGUUUAUAUUGAUUUCACAAUGUGAGUUCCACAUCGGAACCGAGUUUCUUAGUUUUAUGAUGUACUUAGGUUAUAAGCGUUUCUCAAUCAUUUUAUUUAAAUGCGACAAUUUUGUUGAAUCCAUCUAACUGUCACAAUAAAUGUUUGUUAUUCGUAGUGACCAACUUUCCCGCGACAUACAAUAACAAUGUGGCGUUGACUAACUGAUGUGUGCUGUGUGUAAAAUCUAAAUUACUUCAACCAAGUGUUAAUAAGAAUAAAAUUUUUUGUAUUAGUUCUUAUAUCAUAGAACAUAGGAUUACUUUGAAGUUAAAUUGUUUUUAUUUGUUACGGGUUUUCCUGUUUGGCGAACAGCAACACGAACUUUGUUUAAAUAUGUAUAGAAUUAUAUUAAUUAACUAAAUCAAUAUCCUUUUGGUGAUGUCGAAUGCUAUGCCAUACAUUUACUAUGGCGUACUUGAUCUUAGAAUAACGGACAGACUGUACCAUUGUAAUCGUGACGCCGCGAAGGUAGGUAAUUAUGUCAUAAUGCAUCUUCCCAGUUGAAUAUGAUAAUGCGUAUUAUAGGAUUUAUGGGAGGUAAUCAGGAAAUUGCGAAAGUAAAAAUUUUAGAAGCCCUAUGGCUAAGGGUAAGUGAAAUUUCGAGUUUAAUUUCUUUAUCGCUAGUUUCACAAAUAUGUUUAUUCUAAUUCGUCAUUAAUUAAUAAGUACUUUAAAUUAUUCCUUUAAUUUUUAACAAAAUUGCAAGCUACUGUUGCAAUAUUUUUAAUACCCAUAACCCCCUAAGGCCCAAGGUCCUACCUAUAGUACUUAUUCAGUUCGAUGAAAUUUAAAUCAUAUUCAAUUGGAACAGAGUCGCAGUUUGAUUAUUUCGUUCAAUUUUCAAACAGAACCAAAAUCAACUCUAUUCCCUGCAAUAAAGAUUCAAAUUUCAGUGGAAAUUUCUGAAUUUUUAAUUUGUUUGACUGGGCCUUAGGAGGAUAAGUAGUUAUUGAAUAAAGUAUAACCUAAAAUGUUACGAAAAACAAGCCAUCUGUUAUAACUAAAUAAAUAGCUCUAAACAGCUCAAUUUUAGCUCGGAUAUUACCGAUUGUGUGUAUUGAUUAAAAAAAAAGUACAUACAUAAUUUAAGGAACGACCAUACUGAUUCCAUGAAUACGCAAUAUAAGCACUUAUGCAUCAUAACAUUAUUUAUCACGAAGACGCAGCGCAAUAGUGGAGUUGAACUGUAUUUGCUACGCCUAGGUCGAUCCUUGGGUCCUACGUGUGUUGGAAACGUAUAAAGGACUUCGUUUUAAAAUCAUAACAACAUGUAGUAUUUAUGUUUAUGUAUAUAUUAUUAUUGUAAAUAACGCGCCACGAAGGUUCCUUUCUUGUCUUACCAUAUUUACCUACCAAUCAAACUAAGAUUUGUAUUUAUAAGAAGCUUAUUAUUUUGCGGGCUGGUUUUCCGUUAUAUAUUAAUUCACUUAAUGCCCCUUAAUAAAAGAGUUUAGGAGUAAUCUACCCUCAAAGUUGAAUUACAUCUUUGAGGGUAGAUUACUCUUUCAGGACGCCAGACCGAAAAACCUUCUUGGCAUAAGAUCGCACCUGUACAGUCCAUUUCCCACAUUGUUCACGAGUGCUCUAAAAGAAAGUAUCCAGGAGAUCCUCUGGUCUUACUUAAGCUAAGCGAAAACGCAGCCCAUCGGGGGAAAAACCUAGAUAUUAACGCAACUGACACGACUGGGGCCUUACCAUGAUGUUUUUAUUGUGAUUCAGUUUAGGUCCUAAACAGAAUCGCAAUAAGGACAUCAUAGUAAGGGCCCUGAGCGUUGACUACAGUCUGGCAAGAGGGGCUGGAUGAAAUGGCGUCACACAUUGUAUUGCUAGUGAAUCUAGUGAUAUAAAAUAACUAUACUAUUUUAGGGUGGUAAUUCACCUGUCCCAUUUCUUGGUCCAAUGUCAGUGCGUCUCAAAAUGUGCACACAUUGAUCACAAAAAAUACACUUUGGACAAAGAAAUUGGAUAGAGUCAAACCGUAAAAAGUCUGCAGCGAUUUUGAUAGCCCACGCAGUGCAAGUGUCAUUUUAAAUGUCAAACUUCUAUGAAAUAAUGACGUAUAAAUAACACGCUGCGUGGGCUAUCAAAUCCGCUGCAGACUUUUUGCGAUUGGUGCGACUAUAGUUACCUUAUAGUAUAGUAGGUAGGAUAGGAACCUUACUUGUGUAGCAGAAUUCUUUCGCAAUCUCCAUAGUAUUUGAAUAUUUUGAAUGGACAGUAAAACGGAGGUACCCUAGACCAUGUAUCAUGUAUCCAAAAGGAUGAUAAGUUUUAUAAUAUAAAAAUUCAACUUGCGGGGUCAUAUCGGGCAUCGUUUUAUAGUCAGACCGAAAGAAGUCUGCAGCGAUUUUGAUAGCCCACGCAGUGCAAGUGUCAUUUUAAACGUCAUCCGUCUAUGAAAUUAUGACGUAUAAUAGCACUUGCACUGCGUGGGCUAUCAAAAUCGCUGCAGAUUUUUCUUGGUGUAACUAUAUAAGUGUUGUGUCUCCUGUGAACAUUUACCGGAGUAUAAAUUAUGUACGGCUUAUUUCAUGUUUUAGAAUAUAGUUAAUAAGUCUAAUUACGUUUGAAAUGUAAACAAAUCAAAUCUGAUAUAACGUUUCCAACAUCUUUAAGUAAAUAAUGUAUUCGCCUUAGGUUAGUAUUCCACCUGUCCAAUUUCUUGGUCCAAUGUGCAUUCCAUCCACAUUCACAUCCACAUUUUGCUUAGUGAGAGAGUGAGACAAUAACAUUUAUUACAUAAAACAAUAACAAUAUAUAUUAUACAGAUAAAUUGGAUAGGUGGAAUACUACCCUUGUACCUAAAAGGCUUGCUACACGGUCGCCGACAAGCCCCCAGACCGCGUGGCCUUGGCCGGUCCCGGACCGUGUAGACAGUUGUUACCAACAAAAUUUGACCAAAACUGACCAAGGACAGACCAAGGUCAGACGGUUAGAAGGCUUGUCGGCGACCGUGUAGCAAGCCUUUAAUACUUAGUAAAACAUAUAAAAGUGGAUUAUGAUGAUAAUAGAUAUAAAUAGAAACAUCUUUAGUGUUUAACGUUGAAACUGUAUCAUUGUCUUCUUUACCAAUACUUAUUGGUGUUAUAAUAGUGUCAAACAUGUGAGAACAGUAAUUAAAAUGUAUG